GCGCGGCGGUGCCAUGAACGCGGAGCGGGACCUGGCGCCGCUGGCGCCCAGCGUGGUGCGGGCGCUGAACGACAAGCUCUACGAGAAGAGAAAAGUGGCGGCCCUCGAGAUCGAGAAGCUGGUGCGAGAGUUUGUGGCUCAGAACAACACAUCUCAAAUCAAACACGUGAUCCAGAUCCUGUCGCAGGAGUUUGCACUGUCCCAGCACCCCCACAGCCGGAAAGGGGGACUCAUUGGCCUGGCCGCUUGCUCCAUUGCCCUGGGCAAGGACUCUGGACUCUACCUGAAGGAGCUAAUUGAGCCGGUGCUGACGUGUUUCAAUGACGCCGACAGUCGGCUGCGGUACUAUGCUUGCGAAGCCCUCUAUAACAUUGUCAAGGUGGCCAGGGGCUCCGUUCUCCCACACUUCAACGUGCUCUUUGAUGGCCUCAGCAAGCUGGCUGCUGAUCCUGACCCAAAUGUCAAAAGCGGCUCGGAGCUCCUCGAUCGGCUUCUCAAGGAUAUCGUGACAGAGAGCAACCAAUUUGACUUGGUAGGCUUCAUCCCACUGCUGCGCGAGAGGAUUUACUCCAACAACCAGUAUGCCCGGCAGUUCAUCAUAUCCUGGAUCCUGGUCUUAGAGUCUGUGCCUGACAUCAACCUCUUGGAUUAUCUGCCAGAAAUCCUGGACGGGCUCUUCCAGAUCCUGGGAGACAACAGCAAGGAGAUACGGAAAAUGUGUGAGGUGGCUCUCGGGGAGUUCCUCAAGGAGAUCAAGAAGAAUCCCUCCAGCGUCAAGUUUGCAGAAAUGGCCAAUAUCCUGGUGAUUCACUGCCAGGCGGCUGAUGACCUGAUCCAGCUGACAGCCAUGUGUUGGAUGAGGGAGUUCAUCCAGCUAGCUGGCCGGGUGAUGCUGCCUUACUCCUCAGGGAUCCUGACUGCUGUCCUGCCGUGUCUCUCCUAUGAUGAUCGCAAGAAGAACAUCAAGGAGGUGGCGAACGUGUGCAACCAGAGCCUGAUGAAGCUGGUCAUCCCAGAGGAUGAUGAAAUGGAUGAGGCCAAGCAGUCAAUGACCCUACCUGCAGAGCCCACCUCAGAGGAGUCUCUCUCCAAGCCAGAGGCAGCAUCCAGCGGCUCUCUGGAUGCAUCCGGUGACUCCAACUUCAGCAACAGCAGUGUCUUCACAGUAACCAGCUCUGAGAGGAUCCAGGUGACCCUGAACCUGGAUGGAAUAGUUCAGGUGCUGGACUGCCACCUUCAUGACAUGUCCAUUGGGAUGAUGACCAGAAUUGCAGUCCUGAAAUGGCUCUACCACUUGUACAUCAAGACUCCUCGUAAGAUGUUUCGACACACUGACAGCCUCUUCCCCAUCUUGCUGCGGACCCUCUCAGAUGAGUCUGAUGAGGUUAUCCUGAAGGACCUGGAAGUGCUGGCCGAGAUCGCUUCUUCCCCAGCAGGACAGACGGAGGGUCACGGUCCCUCCGACGGCUCCGAUAUGCGACCUGGCCCAGUGGAGCUUCACGUCCCGGCCAGGGCCGGCCAGCUGAGCUCUGGUAUGAAAGGCUUGGAGUGCUCGCCCUCCACCCCCACCAUGAACUCCUACUUCUACAAGUUCAUGAUCAACCUGCUCAAGCGGUUCAGCAGCGAACGGAAACUCCUGGAGACCAGAGGAGCCUUCAUCAUCAGGCAGCUUUGUCUACUUCUGAAUGCAGAAAACAUCUUCCACUCCAUGGCAGACAUACUGCUUCGGGAAGAGGACCUCAAGUUCGCCUCUACCAUGGUGCACACCUUGAACACCAUCCUGCUGACAUCCUCCGAGCUUUUCCAGCUGAGGAACCAACUCAAGGACCUGAAGACCCCGGAAAGCCGUAACCUCUUCUGCUGCCUGUACCGGUCCUGGUGUCAUAACCCAGUGACAACCGUGUCCCUCUGCUUCCUUACCCAGAACUACAAGCAUGCAUACGACCUCAUCCAGAAAUUCGGGGAUCUGGAGGUCACCGUGGAUUUCCUCACCGAGGUGGACAAGCUGGUGCAGCUCAUCGAGUGCCCCAUAUUCACAUACCUUCGCCUGCAGCUGCUGGAUGUGAAGAACAACCCCUACCUGAUCAAGGCUCUCUAUGGCCUGCUGAUGCUGCUGCCCCAGAGCAGUGCCUUCCAGCUCCUCUCCCACCGCCUCCAGUGCGUGCCCAACCCUGAGCUCAUGCAGACUGCGGACAGCACCAAACCGAGCGCCAGCUUCAAGAGGGCAUCAGCCUCCAACAUCGACUACACGGAACUGCUGCAACACUUUGAGAAGGUCCAAAACAAGCACCUGGAAGCACGACACCAGCGAGCCGGGCGGGCAGAGCAGCUGGACCGGCGGGUGGUCCUCUGAGCAUCCCCGUGGCAGCCACGGGUGCGCACGGUUGCUGGGGCAGGGACCAGGGGACGGGGACACCGGUUGCUGGCCGCCGGCAGAUCUGGUGGGUUUAAUGGCAGAGGGAGAUGGGCGAGCGCUCGGCGCAGGGCUGGUUUUUCUCCCCGCUGUGCUUGUGGAUGGUGGGGGACCCCCAGGCUGUGCCAGCUUCUCCCAUGGGCGAUGUGGGGACGUGGGGAAGGGUUGCAGGAGGAGAGGGCCAGGGGAAAGCACCUUGUCUUCUCUUGCAAUAGGGCAAGGAAACUCCCCUUUGCUUUGCUAAUGCCUUCCCCGUGACUGUCAGCUGAGCGCCCAGCCUCCUGCCAGCAAGACCGGAGGGGAAGGGAAGACGGGAGCAACCCCUGGCCUCCCGCCCUGGAAAACAAGCACGCGGGGCCGCUGGCCGCCUCCCGCCACCCCGACUUCCACCCUCUGGCUCCAAGGCUAUGCUGGAGGUUGCCUGCAGCAUCUCACCCAGGGACUCACACUCUUGUGCGUGGCACUCAGCCCCCUCCCCGCAUCCACACCCCCCCCCCGAGCCCCCAGCUCUUGGCAUGGAUGGCAGCACAGCCUUAACUCCCAGCCGGCACAGGGGGGCACGGGGGGCAGCGGAGACCCCCAUCACAUCCAGCCCCGGACUCAAUUCUUUGUUCCUAACUUAAGCUCCCCACGAUAAAAUAAACGAGCGAUGCAGAGCAGCCCAUUCCUCGUAGCUGGGCUCCCCAUCAUGGAUCCAGUCCCAAGGGGGGGCCAAAAAAAGGGCAAGAGCAGGGGUUGGCAUGGAGCAUCUUGCUCGACCCUGAGACCUGGGCUGGCCCAGCCCUGCCACGUUGGCUUGCCAGUGAGCAGGGCUUCUCCUGCUGCUCCUCUUCCCAGCAGGAAAAAAAACCACCGCCGAAAUUCUUCCAGGCCAUGGUCACGAAACCACAGUGCGGUGACAGGCAUUUUCCUGGCCCUGAGCAGCCAUCAGCACUGCCUUCGCCCCGUCUCACAGCACUGAGGGACCAUCACCGCCAGCACGUGCCGGGCUGCUGCAGUUGGGGGGGGGGGGGCACCGUUGCAUCCCUGACGUGUUUCAGGCCCUCACCUGAUGCUGGGGAAAGGGGGGUUGGAGGAAUUUGUGGAGUUUUUAUGGCUCUUGGCCUGUUUACAGCGGAGCCGGGCUCUGGCUGUGGGUUCCCUGAACAGCCCCGCACCGAUGCUGCUUUGGCCGGGAUAAAGACAUUCCUGUCAUUCCCAGGAAAGGGCUUUCCAAACCCAGUCACGGUGGGUUAAUUUUAACAGCCAACCCUUCAGGAUGGGCGAACCAUGGCUUCCCAAGCCUGCCGACCGCUCAGGGUGCCAGGGGCGUCUCUGCUGCCUGUCCCCAACCACUGCCGGGUUAUUGCCGGCAUGUGCUGGGGCUGCUGCUGGCCCCGGAGCUCUGCCCAUGGCUCCUGCCGGGCUCCCCGCCGCUGAGUGGCCUCUUUCCACACCGAGGGACAGGGUUUAUAGGGAGAAAUUCCAGCCGGUUGCCGGAGCGCCGAGCCGUAAUCAUUUCCUUAUGGGUGGCUCUUGACCAGCGCCGGCCAGAGCAGAGCAGUGCCGCUGGGGCAUCACCGGCGGGGGAUCAGGGCUGCUUUUCUGGCAGGAGGGGGAAUAGGCGGCUCAGGCUGAGCCCUGAGCCCCAGCUGAGCAUCAUUUCACCAUGAGGUGCAGCGAGGUCUGUCGGGACUCAGCCCAGCACCCUCAGAUCCUGGGAGGCUGGGGAUGGGGCCUCGGGAUAGCUACUGAGAAGGGCUUGUCUGCUGGCAGGCCGCACAUUUCCCACGGCUCUCUGGUAAUCGAGUGCCUUAAGAUGUUUCAGAGCUGCUGUAUAAUCGCCCCAGAGGGUGUUAAACUUCAGCCUGCAUCAAGGUGCUUGCCCGCAGCACACGUAGGCAUGCGCCUUCCCCAGGUAAGGAAGGCAGUGGGGGUCAAACAGCCCUUGGCGAGGCUAAAGGGAGCCCUGGCCUGGAGGCAGCAUCCCCCACAUGCAUCUCCAGGGAUCUGGGGCUGCCCCCGAGCAUCCCGUAGCGGUCCCGAUGCUUACCCCAGGCCCAGCAUCCCCGAGCGCAACCCGAGGCUCUCCCGAUCCCCACCCAACACCCCAAGAGCAUCUCCUGCCCUGUGAGCAAACCCGGGGGCCGCACCCCAGUCCCAGCAUUCCCGACCAUCCCUCGGGGCUCCCUUCCCUGCAGCCCUGGGGCUCCCGGAGCUGCUCCCCCCCCCCCCCUGCAGCAGCUCCCAGCGCAUCCCCGAGCGCCACCGGGCCUGGCCCCGGGUGCCCGCUGCCGCCCCCCGAGCAUCCCUCGGG